GUUGUUUCCUAUCCGCCAUCUUCUGUCGCCAUCUUCUGAUGAAUUUUUAUUGGGUUCGGGAUUUUUCCUAAAUUCAUGGAUUUGGAGACCACCUAGAACCCACCCUUUGUCCUACGGACACUUAAUAUGAUGGCGACAGCAUGACGCAUCCUACUUUAGUGACGAACGGCGCAAGUCUUGAAGACUGUCACACAAAUUUCUUUGCAUUGGCGGACCUGUGCGGCCUGAAAUGGCGUCGUCUGAGCUCGGAGCAGCAGGGCCCCUCCCUGGGCGGAGGGGGCCCCCACAGGGGUGGCGGGGGCGCCGCGGCAGAUCCCCUGUCGGAGCCCGUGUUGUCGUCGUUUGCCAAGUGCCUGGCGGCCGACCUGCUGUGCGUGUGGCGGCGGGUGGCGCGCCCAGAGCUCCCACACCGUCGGGAGCUCUGGGUCUUCUGGUACGGAGAAGAGCCAGACCUGGCCGGACUCGUCUCGCCGGAGCUGAACGACACCGAACAAGGCAGCUGGGAGAAUGGACUCUCCUACGAAUGUCGGUCUUUACUCUUCAAGGCUCUGCACAACCUGAUACAAAGGUGCCUGCUAUCCCGCGGUUUCACCCGGCUUGGCAAGUGGUUCCUCCAGCCCUGUGACACCUCUGAAAAGGACAGGGGUGCGCCCGGUGUCGGUGGCGCCAGUGGGCCCCAGCUGACGUUUGCCUUCCACUUCUUCGUGCACGGGGACAGUACUGUGUGUGCGAGUGUGGACGUGCGUCAGCACCCGGCCAUCUACAGGCUCUCGAGGCACCACCUGCUCCAGACCCAGGCCGGCACCCACACGCCCACCAAAGUGAUCCUGGGGCCCUUUGGCCUGGCGGGCACACUGACGGGCCAGGGCUACAAGGAGACGGAUGCAGCCACCCAGACCCUGCUGAGCGAGUGGCACCAGUUCUUCCCGCUACCCCCCCAUGCCUCGGCUGUGCCCCAGAGGGGGGACGCCACCCCCCCGGGGGGCGACGAGGAGCUGUUGCCUUGUGCCGUGGAGGCGCUCGUCGGCGGCGUCAAGCUCCGCUAUCCGUCGGCCUACGUCUUUGUGGUGGAGACGGACGAGCCGGCCGGCCGCCAGGAGACCCCUCCGGUCGCUUCCAACCCCGCGACGCCGGUCCCCAACCCCGGUGCGCCCCUGGGCGGCCCGCACCUGCCCCGGGGAGGUCCACCCGGCUACCCCGGCGGCAUGAAGCUGCCCCCGGGCUUGACGGGCGUGCUCACGCCCCCAACGUCCCCCCGCGACCCCGGCUACUUCCACCACGGGGGCGGGGCCCACCUGAGGGGGCCAGGACAGGUGGCGGCGGCGGGGGGUCCCGGUCCUCCCGGCCGGCCGGCGUGCCCCCCUGCGCCACCCCCUUCCUCGAUUGUGCCGGCGGACGGUCCCCCUGUGGCCGUGGUGGCCCACAAGACCAAGGGGGCCGCCUGGCAGGACGGCCUGCUGUCUAGGGGGCCCUGCGAGGACGAGCCGGGAGGGUGGGACUUUGUGGAGCCCUGCGGCCAGACCCACUGCUUCUGCUAUAGGUGCCAUCGGAACAAACCUCGGCCCACGACCCCCGGCCCGGCGGCGGUCUGCGCGGCCUCCUCGGGGACCCCCCUGUGCCCCUCCGGGCCCCCCCAGGGGUCCUCGGGGGCUCAGGCGGCCCCCUCCCCCUCGGCCAAGAAGAGCAGUUCGGACAAGGGCAGCGGCCGGCCCAGAGGCCCGCCCGCCACCCCCUUCCACCGGCGCAGCCCCAUCCCGGGGGGCGCCGCACCCUUUGUGGACUACGAGAGCAUCGCGCUGCCCCCCGCAGCCGGGAAGCUGCCCCAGCCCCAGGGAGGGGCGGGGAGCCUGCUGCCGCAGCUCCACACCCAGCAGGGCCCUCCUCCGUCGGUGGGGUCGUGCUCCCACCCGGGCACGCCCCUGCUGCUGAGCGAGGGGGGCGGGCCGGCAUCCCAGGCGUCCCAGGCGGACCCCGCAAUGCCUACGCUGUCCCCGCACCCGCCGCCCAGGGAAGAGGGCCCCGCGGCCCCCAGGCCUUCCCCCGCGCCCCAGGACGCCGGAGGGGCCACGGGGGCCAGUCCCGCUCCCCCGCAGGGCGACGCGGCCAAGGACAGGCCGCCCGGGGAACAGCUGCUGUCCCCCUCGUCCCUGCUGGACGUGAAACCGCCCCUGGAGGCCCCCCCGUCCUGCUCUCCGGGCGGAGGGUCCCACCAGUGGGGGGGUCCCGGCUCGUGCUCGUCCGCCGCGGCCACCCCGGCAGCUCCCUCGGGCCUCCCGGCCCCCUCCUCCGCUUCCUCUGUGGGGCCGGGGGAGGACGUGCCCGGCACCCCCGGCGGGACGGGCGCCACGGGGGGCUCUUCGCCGUCCGGGGGGGCCCCCAGCACCCCGGCCGCGGCCGCCCCCGGCACACCCGCACCCCCCGCGCGGCCCGCCUCGUCGACGGCCCCAGUCGCACCGCCAACGGGUGUGAAGCGACCGUGCCUGCCCACGAUAGCCCACGAAGCCCUAGUGGAAGCAGAGACGCCCCCUAUGGGGAGCAGAUUACUCUACGACUACAGCAGCGUCUAUCCCCCUCCAUGGGAGGUUCCCCCGUGCAAGCGUCCCCACCUGGGGGCGGCCCCCCGAAGGCCCAAUGCCGGGGACGUGUGCGGGCCGUACUCGUCGCAGCCUUACCGGCGCGUGGAGGGGGAGCCCCCCUGCGAGCCCCAGCAGUCGGCCCCCCCGGCCCCCGGCGGGAGCAGGGACCCCUACGAGUUUCACGAGGAUUGCGACGACGAUGCGGCGGGCCCCGCUUCCACGGCCGCCCGGGCCGCACUGCAGGGGACCCCGGGGCAGCCCGCCCUGCUCGUGCCCAAGGAGGAAGACAAGGAAGGCGUGCCCAUGGACACGUGCGGCCAGGAACUCGGCUCUGCCGCCACCCCCAACUCCGGCACGGGAGGCUCCGCCACCCCGGUGCCGGACUGCGGCGCGGUGCUGCCCGGCUCCAAGGAGGGCUCGAAGGAGGGGGCCCCCAGGGGGGGCUCCCUGGCAGGCUCGGCCACGCCGGGCUCGACGGGCGACCUCCCGGGGGUGGGCUCGCCCCCGACGCCGCGCCACCCUGGUUUCACGAGGGUGGAGGACCUCAAGGUGACCGACUGUGAUCUGGAGAACAUCUUCGACACGUCCUCCUCGGACGAGAGCAGCGACGACCCCUUCCAGGCGCCAUCCACGCCCAGUUCGACCAAGCCGGCUGGUGCGAGCGACGAACCCCCGGGCAAGUCUAAGAACAGCACCACUGCUGGAAUUCUGGGUGCGGCCGAGCUGACGCGCAUGUUCCCGACCCCGCCGUCCCUGGAGCACAAUGCGGCCCCGUCCCCGUCGGGGCCUGUGGGGGUGCCCGACCUGCUGAUGGGGGACGGCUCGGACCCCUUUUUCACCAAGGGGAUGGACGCAUACUGCAACUACGGCAGCCCCGGGUUCGAGGCAGUCAGGGACUGGUCGUACGUGUUCAAGCCCCCGAUGGUGCACCAGUUCCUGAGCUCUCCCCGGUACGCCCCGCUGGGGCAGCUGCCCAGCGCCGCCCUCCCGCCCCUGCCCGCCCUGGAGUGCGCCUACAAGCCCAGCUGGCAGCGGGACGGCGGCGCGGGGAGCCAGGCGCCACAGGGAUCCCCGGCCGGCGCGCCCCUGCAGGGCCAGCGCCACCUUCCCCACUACCACCCGGCGGUGCACCACCCACCGACUCCCGCGGGGCCGUCCCCCGUGGGCCCCAUGUCCUCCCAGCAGCACAUGAUGCCCCAGGAGGCCUUCCUCCGCAUGGGGGGUCACGUGAUGGCGGGGGCCGGGCUCCACCCCAGCCUCCUCGACAGGCACCCUAGUCACCACCAGCCUGGCAUGGACGAGCGGGUUCCCUACCCGGGCAUGCUGGACCACCCGUCCCAGCUGGGGCCCAUGGGGGGCCCCCCGAUGAUGGGCGGCUACGAGCUGGGGCCCUACGCGGCCAACGGGCCCCUGGGCCCCCUGGGGGCGGCGGCCUACAUGGGCCCCCACGGGGGCCGCCACCUGGCCCUGCCCCACCAGGGGAUGCACCCGCUGCACGGCCAGCAACAGGCCCUGGGGCCAGCGGAGGGCGGAGGGGCUGUCCUCCCUGAAGCGGACUCCCUCCUGGUGAACCUGCUCCUGUCGGACUCGCUGCUCGAGCUCUUCCGGGACCACAACUUCUCCAGCUGCACCCUCUGCGUCUGCAACAUGAACAUCAAGGGUGCGGACGUGGGCGUGUACCUGCCGGCAUCGCUGGUUCCCACGGCGAGCGAGGAGCCCCAGUACAAGUGCACAUGCGGCUUCUCGGCGGUGGUGAACCGGCAUCACUCGCACCGGACGGGGCUCUUCUACCAGGACGAGCAGGACGUGACGGGCAUCCCCUACGAGGCCACCCCGGGGCCGCACAGGGCCCAGGUUGGGCCCGGAGGGGGGCCGCAGCUACCUCACAGGGGUCCGGGAGGACCCCUGGCAAACGGCUCUUUACAGCUGCCCAAGGUGCACGAGGAGGGCCUGCUGGAGUACGUACAGAGCCAGUGCCUGGGCAUGGCCCUGUCGCCCUGCUCGGUGCUGCACAAGACCCUGCAGCUGGGGGCGGAGCGGCAGCACGACUUGGGCGCGAGCCCCAUAGUGACGGGCCUCCUGCAGGUGCCCCCGCAGCUCAGGGGCCAGGGGCAGAGCUCCCUGCUGCAGCGGCAGAACCUGCACCACCGGCAGGGGCCCCUGGCACUGCUGCCGGCCCUGGACGGAUGCGAGGUGACCCUGGGGGCCCUGGAGGCGGCGGCCUCUCGGCCCCUGGACGAGCCCCUGGGGUCUCCCUGCCUGCACCGGUGGCCGUACCUGCACUGCCCCUGCCCGCCGAGCAGCCUGGUGUCGGUGGGGCUGCUGCGGGGCCUGCAGCCCCUCCUCCAGGACGCGGUGCACAAGAAGCGCAACCAGGGCCUCUGGGAAGUGACGUACCGGGUGGCGGGGCCCCUCACCUGGCGCCAGUUCCACCGGCUGGCCGGCAGGGGCACCGAGGACCAGUGCGAGCCCCAGCCCAUCCCCUCGCUACUGGUCGGCUACGACCGGGACUGGCUGGCCCUGUCCCCCUUCGCCCUCAAGUACUGGGACAAGCUCCUGCUUGAGCCAUACUCGCCGGCGCGAGACGUGGCCUACGUAGUGGUGGCACCGGACAGCGAACCGGUGCUGUCGUCGGUGCGAGCCUUCUUCCAGGACCUGAGCGCCACCUACCAGGCGCUGAAUCUGGGUCGGCACUGCCCACUUUCGAGGGGGGGACUCCGGGAGGGCCUGCUUAGGGUCUCCGCCCAGGGGCCCCCGCCGGAGACCCCCGGGGGCACCAAUGCGGAGGACGACUGGUUCACCGGCCUCGGGGAGGGCCCCCUGGGCACCCGGCUCAGACUGUUCGCACGGGCCUGCAGGAUGCAGCUCGGGCCCCACCUAGCCUCCCAGAGUCUGGACAGGGGCCUGCUAGAGGGUCCACCGGGGGCACCCAAGUCGGGGGACAGCAAGGCCCCCCUGGCGUCACCACGACCGCCCCCGACCCCCGAAGGCGCCGGCUCCGCCGGGCAGCAAGAAGGCUCUUCCACGAGGGACGGAGGGACCACCCCGAGGCCCCAGGCAGACUCCGAGAGCUCCCAGGACGCGUGUGGUGCCUCAUCCGCCACGGCCCCCGGGAACCCGUCCCAGGGCACUUCACUGGGCGCCCCUGCCGGCAUCGGAGCAAGCGCGGGGCCGACGUCGACGGGGGGCGCUUCCUCAACGGGCGGCGCCGCCUCUGCCCCCGGUGGGGCAGGGCUCGGCGUAUCGGAGGAGGGGGAGGAGGAGCAGCAGCCCCCUGCCCUGGUGGUGUACCUGGUAGAGCCCUUCACCUUGGGCUCCUCGGACCCCGAGGUGCUGCGGCUGGCCACCGUGGGGCUGCACCGCUGCUUCGCGCAGCUGCUGGAUUGCCUGCCAGAGCCCCUGCAGAGCAACACCCAUGCGCAGAUCCUGAGUCUGGACUCAAUCCUGGGAGCGGGCGGGCGUUCGGCGGAGGGCUUCCGGCGCCAGGAGCAGCUGCGUGCCCUCUCGCUGUCGGUGUUCUAUCAGUGUGCGCGCCUGCUCGUGCACCAGUCAAGCGUCAAGUCCCUCACGGGCUUCGGCCCGGCAGCCGCCCAGGACGACUUCCUCAAGGCCAGGACGGGAGGGAAUGCCCCCGUGAAGGUGUGGAGCCCCCCGUUUGUGCUGGCACCCCAGAAGGACAAGCAGACGGAGCUCGGGGAGAUGUUUGGGGACCGCCGGGAAAAGAGUGGCAUCCUCUUCUGUGCCUACUGCCUCACGGAGGACCAGCGCUGGCUCCUGGCCAGCGUGAGCAACGACAAGGGAGACCUGCUCGACAACUGCUCCAUCAACAUAGAGAUCCCCAACAGGACGCGUCGCAAGAAGGCCUGUGCCCGCCGCCUGGGCCUUCACAAGCUGCUGGACUGGUUGCUGGGGGUGGCGGCAUGCGGGCCCCGGGGAGCCGGGGCCAUCACCCAGCCCUGGCGCCUGGUGGUGGGGCGCCUGGGGCGGGUGGGCCACGGCGAGCUCAAGGAGUGGGCCGCCCUGCUGGGGCGCCGGUCGCUGCUGCGCUACUCGCGCCGCCUCCGGGAGCUGUGCCACCAGUGCGCUGCGGGGGGCGCCUCCUCGGCGGCCGGAGGCGGGGCCGGGGCCCCCGGGGUCGGAGGCCCCUGCGUGCUGUCCGCCUGUCUGGUGUCCCUGGAGCCCGACGGGGCCCUGCGCCUCUUCCACGACCGCUACACGCCCGACGAGCGGUUCAGCUCGGCCUGCCACUCGUGCGACCUGAGCACGCCCCAGGACGCCUCCGCCACCCACAUCCUGGUCUUCCCCACCUCGGCCACCACCCAGUCGUCGCAGGCCACCUUCCAGCAAGACCACAUGGACCCCCUGUCGACGACCCUGGGGGACGACGACGAGAUCUUCAAGUCGCUGACGGAGGACAUAGCGGUGGGCAACGACUUCAACGACAUCCUGAACUGGACGGACAGCCCCGAGGCCCCCUGCUCCCCGACCAGGCGCUCCUCCCCUCCGGGCUCCCCGGGGGCCAUGAUGGGCGGGGGCCCCGGCGGGCGCCAGUCGCCCUUCCAGCACGGGGGCGCCCUCAGGGGCCCCGGCAGUGGUGGAGCCGAUGCCCAGGAGGAGCCCAUGCAGCUGCUUCAGCAGCCCUUGGCCCUGGGCUACUAUGUGUCCACGGCACCCACGGGUAGCCUCCCCCGCUGGUUCUGGGCGUCCUGCCCACACCUCAGGGAGUCCUGCCCUGUCUUCCUCAAGAGCGCCCUGUUGCUGCACUGUCCGACGGUGCACCAGAAUCACGACGACCUCUUGCACGGGAACCCUCACUUGCGCAACUACCACCCCCUGGACUCUACGUUGACCACAGACGUGCUGCGGUACGUGCUAGAAGGCUACAACACCCUUUCGUGGCUGUCGCUGGACCCGCACAGCCACGACCGGCAGUCCUGCCUGCCCCUGCACAUGCAGAACCUCAUGAAGCUGUACCACGCUGUGGAAGCGCUGCUCUGAGGCUUCUCUCCCCCGUCCCCCUUCCCUUUCUCCGCCGGGCAGCGGACACCCUUCAUCAUCAUCUAACGGCCACAGGGCUUCGACGACGUCUUGCCAGUGGACGCUGCCACGGGGAUUCUGUUUCCGUCUCUCUCUGCCUCGGCGAAGGGACGGCACGUUGUUUGUCGUCCGACUUCCUUUCACUGUUACGGACUGUUUUGUAUGCGCGUUGCUUAGCAGCUUCCAAAGGAGGCAAUAUGGUGUGGAAAAUGGAAGCAUGCCGGGUGCCAGUGAGCCACAAAGAAGUUCCGUGCGCGCCUGAAGGGGAGAAAACAAAAGAGUAAACUGGAGCUGGGGCCACAACACGUUCAAUGCGCGGCGAGCAAGACUGGAAAAAGUGAGGUCAAUCACGCUUUUGUUUGUUAUUAGGUGGAUGAUGCAUGAGUAGGUGGGUGGAGGAAAUCGGGGUUGCCACUUGGGUUUUCUGGCUCCAUUCAAAGCAGCUUUGCAUGUGUCUCGGUUAAUUGCUGGGGUUACUGCCGUCAUUUUUUUUCUCGCGCAGCCAGUGGCUCGCACAUCAUCUCAAAGGGUUGCGGUGUCUCGACUUGUACAAAUGUAAAUGUCUCGUCCUUUGCAGAUCCUCAUUCUUUUUUAUUAUUAUUAUUAUUUCCGUCGGUGGGGGGGACAAGCUUCGAUUGUGUUGUUAAUAUAUGCACAUAAUAUAUGUAUAGCCUGCUUGCACGAGGGUGCGCCUCUUGGCGUGCUGAGGCUGGCCCGUUUCUCCUGUGUUCGAGCACGGUAGUCUCUACAAGAGCGGUUGUUGUUGGUCUUGGUUCCCUCGACUCAUUAGCCUAUACGAGCUGCAUUCACGUCUCCCACACGAUGCGACGUGCGUGCUCUUGGCGUCGUACCGAGCAGGAAAGCCAUUUGUCUUUCGCUCGUGCACCCUAAUUUAAUAAUCAGCAUUGCACGCAUAGGUUGCACCCACGGUCGAAGAAAGCUUUCUUCCAUCCCCCAUUUUGUUUCUCACCGGUGCGGUUCAACUGGCGUGUUCAUUCAGUCAUUGGUGCACCUGGUCCAUCUGCACGUGUGGGAGGCGUCUUCACUGAAGGGCGACGGUAGCCGGUCACGAUGCGGUGAGGGGUGACCCGAGGGCUCGCCGCGGCUGUCGUCGGUCGACAGACAUAUCAGGAGAAAACUGCCCAAUUCCUCGUACGGGAAGAUUCAAAGUGUUCAGGCUGAAUCCAGCUCUACCUUUUGUUUUCUCUAAAUCGGUGAGAAAAGUAGACCAUAUGUGGUAGAGGGGGUUACUCGAAGCACAGGCGACACUGCGUGGCUCCAAAUAUCUAUAAAUAUAUAAAUAACAACAGUGUGUGUACGGCUUCGGAGGGUAUGCGGAGCCCCCCCCACCCCCGUUUUUAUUGUACAUAGCAUCCCCCUUUUGGCCCCAGUUUCUUCUGUACUUGAGUGUGUGCACUAUUUAAGGACAAGGGCAAGUUCUUUAUUUCUGUGUCAUUCUAUUUAUUGUGCAUGUACAUAGCAUAAUUGAAAAUUGCAGCACCGGGGAAUUCGACUUCUCGCUUUUGUAUUGACGUGGGUUAGGAAAGUGUAUCUACUUAGCCUGUUAUAUACAGCAUAUACAUACGCAGAGUGAAAUAUACAUAUAUAGAUGUAAAAAGAAGAUGUGGGUAUAUAUAUAUAUACAUAUAUGUACACGAAGGCGCCAGGCCGCCACCUCUUGGCAGGUUAUACAUGUACAUAACUAACGAUAUGCCGAACAGCGCCUCCUUGAGCCGGAGGGCGGAGCUGCGGCACAAAUGGGAAUGCCAUGGACAGCAGUGUUGUAUAAAACAGUGUACAGCCUUAGCUCAUUUUAGAUCCUUUUUACAUGGCCCAAUUGUGCUGUGCAAUGUCUUGAUUGUACACUUUUACGAAGAAUGUUGAUUAAAACCUUAUAACGAAGAAUGUGA